AUGUUCAACCCUUCUGGAUCAUCUAGUUCGUCGGGUAAUAGCAAUUACUAUCGUCAGCCUACAUCGACACCAGGUGUUAACGCUCCAAACCCACCUCCAAACUUCGCAGCGCCUCCUCCUGCUGGAAAGCCUCCCGCUGGUGCCUACCCACCCCAGGGAGCUCCAGGCGGCUACCCUCCCGCUGGUGCCCCAGGCGGAUACCCUCCACCCCCAGCCGGUGCUCCAGGCGGCUACCCACCCGCUGGUGCUCCAGGCGGAUACCCACCACCCCCAGCCGGUGCUCCAGGCGCCCCACCCGUCGGCGCUGGCCAGUACCCUCCACCACCCCAGCAAGCCGGCCAAUACGGUCCACCCCCAACCAUGGCCGCCGGCCAAUACCCAACACCAGCUGCCACUGGCGGUAUCAGUCUGUCAAAGGACCAGUCCAUCUCGCUGAGCAAGGAGGACCCAUCACUGCGUCGCAUCUUUGUCGGACUUGGCUGGGAUGUCAACCAGGUGCAGGGAUGUCCAUUCGAUUUGGACGCCGUCUGCUUCAUGCUCGGCACCAAUGGCACCGUCAAGGUCGGCCAGGACUUUAUCUUCUACAACAACAAGGUGUCUCGCGAUGGCUCCGUCGAGCACAAGGGUGACAACCUCACCGGACAGGGUGAGGGCGAUGACGAGGUCGUCACAAUCAACCUGCCACAGGUCUCCCCAGACGUCAUCAGAAUCGCAUUCGCCGUCUCUAUCCACGACCCAGAGACCCGUCGCCAGAGCUUCAGCCAAGUGCCACGCGCCUUCAUUCGCAUUGCCAACCAAGAGAGUGGCAGAAACAUCUGUCGUUACGACCUCUCCAACGAGGGCGGCACGAACACAGCCCUCAUCGUCGGUGAGGUCUACCGUGAGGGUCCAGAGUGGAAGUUUGUUGCAGUCGGCAAGAGUUUCCCAGGUGGUCUCAAGUACCUCUGCCAGAUCUUUGGUGUCAGCGUGUAG